GUCGACCGGCGAUUCUUUUUCAUCACUAAAGCAGCCGCCACAGGAAGUCGUGCCUCAACGCGCGCGACAUGCAGUCUACGGAAUACACUACGCAGUGGCCGAAGGCAGCAUACCCUCCACCCGUUCUCGGCACCGCUGCUCCAGCCACGAGCAAGGACUGAAGAGCGUGUCGACAGCUCUCCAGCAGAGGAGCUGCGAGCAGCUGCGCUGCAUCCAGCUGCUACAUCUCUUUGCGCUGCGGGAUCUCUCGGCAAAGCCCUGCUUCUCCAGCAAUUCCCCGGGCGCAGCCAGGGCCGGAGCCCGCAAAACACUAGUCUCGGAGAAGCGAGGGAAAGGUGGGAUUUCCUCGUGUGCAAACUAUAGCGGCAUCGGCGGCUCCUCACUCAACCUGCGCCUCGCCGCCCGGUACGCGCAAGACGAUGCCGGCAGGACUCGGGCUACCCGGCAGCUACUGGGGGCACGCCCACAGCACUACACUGCCGCUGAACGCAUUUUCGCCGUGAGGACCACCAGGAGACGUAGCGAGCACUGCCAGGCAUGA